AUGUCGGGGCUCCAGAGUCUGAAGGUGUUCGUCCAGCAGCGGCAGGCUGCGGCUGUGGAGGAGAUAUUCGGCCACUUUGAGAGAACAAUCACCGAGUAUGAAGAGGAGCUGGGCCGCCGCCACCGGAACCUGCUGGAUGUGGGUUUGAAGCGGCCUGAGAGAAAACUGCGGAGAGCAGUGAGUCCUGCAGACGUCCAGCAGCUAUCUGGGGGCAGAGAAGAGGUUCCCCCUGAACAUCAGCAGUGGAUCCCAAGUCUGGACCAGGAGGACCCACUAGAGCCCCCACACAUUAAAGAGGAACAGGAGGAGCUCUGGACCAGUCAGGAGGGAGAGCAGCUUCCAGGGCUGGAGGAGGCUGAUAUCACCAAGUUCACAUUCACUCGUGUCCCUGUGAAGAGUGAAGAAGAUGAUGAAGAGAAACCUCAGUCCUCACAGCUUCAUCAGAGCCAGACUGAACAGAUGGAAACAGCAGCUGACGGAAAGGACUGUGGAGGACCAGAACCAGCCAGGGACUCUGAUCCAGAUAGACGUUUACAACCUGAGACUGAAGACAAGGCUUUAAUCUCUGCUGAAUCUGAGACUGAAAUCAGCGACGAUGACUUUAAGGAUUCCAGAGAACUUCAGUCAGGUUCAAACACAAAUAAUGACGGAGUCCCUGUAAUUGAUGUUAAAUGUAAUGCUAUAAAAAAGUCGUUCAUCUGCUCUGAAUGUGGUAGAAAAUUUGGUCGCAAGGACAGUCUGCGGAGACACAUGAGGUUCCACACAGGAGAGAAACCGUAUAGUUGCUCAGUUUGUGGCAAAAGAUUUUCUCAGAGGCCGAAUUUAAUUCGUCACAUGCGAUGCCACUCUGGAGAAAAACCUUUCAGUUGCUCAUUCUGCGACACGAGUUUUGCUGUGCGUAGCGCUUUGGUAAAUCACAUGAGAAUCCACACUGGGGAGAAACCGUUCAGCUGCUUAUAUUGUGACAAAAGCUUCACACAAAAGGGGGGUCUGAAGAAACACAUGACCGUCCACACUGGAGAGAAACCAUAUAGUUGCCCCGUGUGUGAUAAAAGUUUUUCUCAAAAGGCAAAUCUGACGUACCACUUCUCAGUGCACACGGGACAGAAACAGUUCAGCUGCAGUGUUUGUGACAAAAGGUUCACCUGGCAGUCGCAGGUCAAAAGCCACAAGUGUGUCGGCGAGAGCAGCAGCAGCAGCAGCAACACGGCCUGAUUCAUCUGGAAGAAACGUUGAAGCGACCGAGAACGUUUCUGCUUUGGAUGUCUGACUGCCCACCUCAGUGUAGAGCAGUUCGAAGGGUUGUGUGUUCAGUCCUCACUUGCUGCUUGUAUUUGUUUCUUCCUUUUUCAACAAAUUGAUCACAAUUAAGCAUGUGCAGGAUCGAUCCACGUGGACGCUUAUUUUCAUGUCUCCAGCAUCUCCAUUAGAGGAACUUCAUUUUAGGAACCUCAUUUUCUCAUUCAGGGGAAUGUUUUCAGAGGUCUGUCAAGCAGGCCAGAGACUACUAUUUUGAAUUUCCUUCAGAACUUUUCAAAGUAAAAGCUCUCAAUUAAACAUGACAUAAAGUACUCCUGCAAAAAUGUUCUCAUGCUUUUAUUUUGUAGGCUCAAUCACUUAAGAGAAAGUGAUUAUGUGAGUAACUGUUGCUGUGAUGACUCAGAUCUGUGUCAGCACCAGCUGCUAUAGUGGCCUUUUUUAUUUUAUUUAUUUUUUGCCGCUAUCAAAGUAAUCUGGCUGCGGGCAAGAUAUUAAUGCUGGCGGGCUGCCCGCUGCCGACUGCUGCUGUAGAGGUAGGAACAUGAAUAUAGACAGGGAGUCAGUAAAACCUGUGAUUUCUGCACAGGAGUUUAUAGUGAAUUGUUGGAUAUUCAGUGACGUUUUGUUUUGGAACUCCUGGUGCUCACUAGAGGAUGUUUGAAAUCUAAACUUAUUUUAAAAAAGAGGGACACCACAGACGGAACAACAGAAUGAACCGAUGUUUAAUAUUUUAGUCUUAAGAACACGCUCACCAGACUCUCGGUGUUUAUACUAAGCGGUUUCAAAGACUUGGGAUCUCAUAGAAUCUCACGUGAUCAAACGUGACUUCAGAGAGAAACAAACAUGGAGGCAGACUGUCGUCAUCAGCUGGUCGACCAUGUGUGUGCGGAGGAGAAGAAGAGAAUCAAACUGGAUGAAGUCGAGGCUGAGAAGAGGGAAUCGGCAGGUUUAUACGUUUUAUAAAGCAGAGACACGCUUCCCGGCCCAGUUACCCUCCAGCGUGCAGCCAGCAUAUGUGAAAAUGUGUUCUGGUGCUGAGAGUUGAUAUUUAUGGAAAAUAAAUAUUUAUUAAGA